AUCCUGAAUCUCACACUGGAGAUUAUCUAUCUGCUGACUGGAGAGGGCUACGUCAUCCCUAAGAAGAAGAGCCCAACUGUGGGUUUGGGGGCCCUGCAUGCCCCUGGCUCCGUCAUACAGAAGGAAAAUGACAAGAAGAUCCUGGAACUCAUCUCCAACAUCAUCCAGCUGCUGACUGGAGAGGUUGCCAUAAGGUGUGAGGAUGUUUCCAUCUAUUUUUCCUUGGAGGAGUGGGAGUAUAUAAAAGGAAAUCAGACCCUUUACAGGGAAGGGAUAAAGGAGGAGGAGCCCCAGCAGCUCCGCCCACUGGACGGUGAAUAUGAAGAUAUGAGAGAGAUUCCAGCUGAUCUGGGAGGAACAUUAUGUUAUAAUAAUGAGCCAAGCAAGAUUGGGGCUGAAGGGGCAGAUUUUUUUGCCGACGGAAAUCUCACAAACCCUGAAAUGUCUCCAGCGGAACAGCCCCCACCAGCCAAUGGGAUUAAAGAGGAGGCGGCUUCAUGGGAAGGAGGGAACCAAUCAGAUUGCAGCAUUAAUCCCCUUACAGAACAGAUACAGGGAACAGACACAGCUACUCCUAUCAUGGGGUGCAGCCUGAAUAACGGCUCGGCAGCUAAAUAUAUAUUGGAUGGCAUCAAAGAGGAGGCGGCUUCUUGGGAAGGCAAAAAUCAAUCAGAUUGCAACCUAGUUUGCAGCGUCUUAAAAAUACAGGGUAAUGAAUAUGAUGAAAAUGCCUAUACGCCCUCAUAUGAAUCUCAGGUACCUUUACAUAGGAAAUACGAUCCGUGCCAUAAACCUUUUCUUCAAAACAGAGACGUUGAUAGACGUGAAAGAACCCAAUCAGGAGAGAAACACUUCCCCUGUUGCAGAUACCUUCAUAAAUGUCAUGCAAGUAAGAAACUGUUUCCUUGUUCCGACUGUGGGAAAUGCUUCAAAAAGCCGUCGGAACUUACGGUCCAUCAGAGAACCCACACGGGAGAGAAACCCUUCUCCUGUUCUCAGUGUGAAAAAAGCUUUAUAAAGCGCUGGGAUCUAAAGAGACACUACCGGACCCACACGGGGGAGAAACCAUUCCCUUGCGCCGAGUGUGGGAAGUGUUUUGCCACUUCAUCUGACCUCAGAGUCCAUCGACGAACUCACACAGGGGAGAAACCUUUCUCUUGUUCCGACUGUGGGAAAUGCUUUAUAAACCAAUCCCACCUUAAUAAUCAUCAGCGAACUCACACAGGGGAGAAACCAUUUUGUUGUUCUGAGUGUGGGAAAUGUUUUACCCGUAACAGUAACCUUAAGAUACAUUUUCAGAGUCACACGGGGGGAAAAGCGUAAGCUCUGUGCGUGAAAUGAUUUACAACUCACGCAAACAUGUUGAUUAUAUUUUAAAGGACAAGUCAACCCACGAUAAUUCUUUGCCUAAUAAAACAAAAUUCUAAGCAAUCUUGCAAUAUAGAUUCAUGACAAAUUUG